AUGAAGAACAAGUUGCCGGAAUGGAUCGAUUCAUUUAUAACGAGCAAAUUCUAUGAUUCUUGUGUAAUUCAUCAUGAACUCCGCAAAAACGAGAUGAAUAUAUUCUGCAUCAACUGUAACGAAUGUUUCUGCCAGCAUUGCAUCGCAUCUUCUACUCAUGAACUUCAUGAACAGCUUCAGAUCCGCAAAUAUGUUUAUAAUAACGUUGUUCGUGUCGAUGUCAUGCAGAAGUAUAUGGACAUUUCCGGAGUCCAAACAUAUCUGUCGAAUAAUGCAAAGGUCAUAUUUGUGCAUCCUCGUCCACAACUCAAAACAGGGACGACACACAGCAGCACAGCUUGUGAAGUAUGCUAUAGAUUCGUACAGGAGGAUAACAGAUUCUGUUCGAUCGCUUGCAAGGUUUCGGAAGUUGCACAGAAGGAAAGGGAUAAGAGUCCUAGUCCUCCAUUAAUACAACUUCCAAUUUCAGAAAAUGAGGUAGCCAUGAAAGAAAAUCAAGAUGCAGAGUAUGUGCCGAAAUCGAGUGAUCAGCAGCAGAUAGAGAGUUCUUCAGCAUUGAAGCCUACGAAGCGAUCGCACAAGAGAAAAGGAAUUUCCCGCAGAUCUCCUCUAUUCUGA